AUGCCAAGUGACGCUAUUUCAAAAAAGCUUGAUCUAACAAUCGAACCUGAAAGCAAUGAAAAAAGAGACAGAGCAGAAGUUAGAAAACUGUUGCAAAUGAGAGAAUGCAAAAGCAUACGUGAUGUUUCAAAAGAGGCAAAUAGCAUCAGAAAUGCACUUACCAUUAAACUAUGGACAGAAAAGGAAACUGGCAUAGUUUCUUGA